AUGGAUGAGGCAAAGUUUGAGGAUGAUUGGAUGAGAAUGGUCAAAACAUUUGGACUUGAAAAUAACAGUUGGGUGUUGGAGACAUAUGAGAAGCGUCAUAUGUGGGCUGAGGCAUAUAUGCGUGGCCAUUUCUUUGCUGGGAUGAAGAGGACUCAGCGCUCGAAGAGUAUGAAUGCUUAUUUCAAUCCCUUCCUUCAACAUAAAUUGAAGCUAUAUGAAUUUGUUAGGCACUAUGAUCGGGCUCUUGCAAGGAUAAGGUAUAACGAGGCUGGAGAUGAUGCCGAAACAAAUAACACUUUUUCGGUAUUGAUUACUCCAUUGCGAGAUAUAGAGAGACAUGGAGCUAAGCUAUUCAUCCGGAGUAUAUUUAAAAUGUUCCGUGAUGAAAUCUUAGAAGAGGUAAAGUUGAAUGUGAAGGACGUGUUCUCUUUGCCAGAUGGACAGAAAUGCUACAAUAUUCAUAAGUACAAGGUGAAGGAUAGAUCGUGGAUAGUAACACACAAUCCAGUGGAUGCCGCAAUGAUAUGUUCUUGCAUGAAGUUUGAGUCAUUCGGGCUACCUUGUUGUCACAUGAUAUGCGUUAUGAAAGCUGAAAAUUUAACGCAAAUUCCCCAAACUUUUGUGCUACAUAGAUGGACAAGGGCUGCAAGUAAGGAUGGCCAGCUAUGGCGUCAACCCUUAAUUGAUAGCACUGUAACACAGACUGCUUGCUAUGGGAUACUGAGUUUUUCUUACAGUGAAAUGUGUUUCUAUGCCUCGCAAUCAACUGAAGGUUUCAAAGAGGCUAGGGAUGCAUGUCUUUCGAUGACGAGCCAGAUGAAGGAGUUAUAUGAGAGGAAUCACAACAAUGGGGAUAGAGACAAAGGGAAACAUUCAAUCCCACGACAAUUUGGAGUAGAAGAUCUUGAUCUUGUGAAGACAAAAGAGAACCUGGGACGGGCCUCGUCCAACUGUCGAAGACCAAGAAAAUGUGGGAAAUGCAAAUGCAUUGGCCACACGAAACGAACGUGUCCUAAGGUGCAGUUUAGCCAAACAAUGGGUAGUACCUUGGCUGCAGAUACAAUCCACAUCAGUGACCGUGAGAACAAUGCAGACUCAUCGCCCAUUUGCUACAAAACUGGGUUAGUGGAUCCAAGUACACCGCACAUUAAGAAACGAUGUCUAUUUUUUGAUGUUUCUCCUGAUUCAAAACAACCUGUGGGCCAAUACGGUAGUGUCACAGCACAAGUGUGCAAAAAUGAUUCGAUCACAAUUGAUGAGGUGAAUUAG